AUGCAUCCAAUCGCCUACAUUCGGCGGCAAGACCCAGAUUGCAGUUGUGACCUGGGGCUUUACGUCGACGACUCCACCAAUUUCGACCUGACACAGCGAUACAUUGUUGUAACAAUACUCGGUGUUUCCAUAUACAACUGCGUGGAGCUUAUCCCGUUCAUCUUCGCCACGUUCAAGAGGUACAAGGGCUUGUACUUCUGGAGCCUCCUGGUGUCCAUUCUUGGCAUCCUCAUGUCCAAUGUGUCGAACCUAGUUUCCAACUUCUACCCGAACCCCCCUCGCCUCCAGGUCGGGCUGAUUGGCCUCGUUGGAUGGGCACUCAUGGUGACAGGUCAGUCCCUGGUUCUCUACUCCAGGCUUGACCUUCUUCCACUUCGCGACAGAACACGACGAUGGGUUCUGCGCGUAAUCAUAUUCAACGCGGUUGUGAUGCAAGUUCCAAUCAUUAUCUUGAACACGGGAUCGAAGUCUGGCCGGCCGGAGAGGUUCCUCCCAGUGUUUUCAAUAUACGAGAGAAUCCAAAUCAUCGUCUUCUUCCUGCAAGAAGUGGGACUCUCGUGUGUCUAUUUGUGGGAGUGCUUCAAGUUUCUCAUCGUCCCAGACAUACCGGUGGCGUGCAGGGUUGAAUCCGGCGGCUUUGGCAAUGGCCCCCAAAAGAAUUCGAGAAAGGUUCUUCUUCAUCUUCUCAUUGUAAGCAUAGCCGUGAUUUUACUGGAUAUAACUGUCAUCGUGCUGGAAUUCUCGGGCUUCCAUCUCAUCCAGAUCAGCUACAAAGAGCUGGCCUACAGCAUAAAGCUGAAACUGGAGAUAUCCGUGCUAAGCCGUUUGGUAAAAUUCGUCCAGUCAAGGCCUAUGGGCAGCAGCGGGAGAAUCACCACACAGGAUGAGCUUGAUGGAGGUCCAGCCAUCCACCAAGCGUUCGAUCCACCUCUUUGUACUUGA